AUGAGAUUGACACUGAUUUUAAUUUUAACCCAUCUGAGCAUUUGCAUGGCAGGGGCAAAUAAAUUGCCCAGCUUUGUUACUGACUUCUUGAACGGUGCAGAGAGUAAUGGCAAUUGGAAUGAAGACACUGCUCAAAAUUAUGUAAACCAGUUGAUCGAGAAACAUGGCGCUAAAGUGCAAGAACAAAUCAAUCAAAUUACUGAAGAUGAAAAAGUUGCAUAUGCUCAAUCUUUGCAAGAGGAAACUAAAGAUUGUGGUAAAAGAUGGCAUGUCGGCGAUGCGACAUUGACUAAACUCGAUAACAGUGUCAUUGGGUCCGCCUUUAAUAAACUGAGAGAUAGUUUACCUUCGUGGGUAUCAUGGGAUCAAACCAGUCUACAAGAUUACGGAGUAUAUUUUUUCAGUGUCAGCGAUACCAAUAUCUUCGAAGGUUUAGAAGAAGGAUAA